GAUUUGCAUACAUUGUUAUAAAAAGGAGAUGGCGUGUUUAGUACGCAUAUCAUUAUAUUGGUGAAAAAGAGUCAACAGAACUAUCAGCUCUGAUUAAAAGGACAAAAAAACGUUUGCUAAGUGUCAUCUAUAAUUAUAGCCGACAGAGCUUGAUUGUGAACAUGAAGUGGAGCGUGCAUGUGUUUGUUGUGAUUAUAGUUGCUGUACAAGUACUAGUGGCAUCAGGUGAGCUGCCAGGACCACCAGGGCUAAUGGGACCUAAAGGGCAACGAGGGAUUCCAGGCAGAGAUGGUCGUGACGGUCAACCUGGAUCUGCGGGAAGUGAUGGUCAACCAGGGAGCUCAGGAAGAGAUGGGAGAGAUGGAAUAACAGGACCGCCUGGAUUCAGAGGAGAGCCAGGCCCAGCCAAUGGGCCGCAAGGACCUAGAGGAUUGCCUGGAGUGAAGGGGGAGGCUGGCCCUCGAGGAAAUACUGGUGCACCAGGACCAAAGAGCGCGGGUGUUGCGUACACAAGGUGGGGGAACAGCACUUGCCCAAACGUGCCUGGAACAGAGCGGAUAUACAACGGGAGAGUUGGGGGGAGUCACUACAUUCAUGGGGGGGCAGCAAAUCGUCUAUGCUUACCUCUUGAUCCAGAAUAUACUCUACCUUUUCAAAGUGGUAUCCAAGGGAACAUGUACAUCUAUGGUACAGAAUAUGAAUAUCCAGUCCGAGGUACACAUGCCCACAAUGUUCCUUGUUCAGUCUGCCAUGUGACGAGUCGAUCAAUUGCUCUCAUGAUUCCUGCAAAGACUUCAUGCCCUCAAUACUGGACCAAAGAAUACGAGGGAUAUCUCAUGUCUGAGCGUCACAGCCAUAAACCCUCAAUGUUUGAAUGUGUUGAUAAAGGACAAGAGUCGGUACCUGGAAGUCAUGUAAAUACCGAUGGUGCUCUGUUCUACCACGUCGAAGCUAACUGUAUUAGUGGACUACCCUGCCCUCCUUACAAUGACUAUAAAGAAGUCAACUGUGUUCUCUGCACGAAGUAAACAACAAUAACAAGCUAGUGCACGUCCCAUGCAUAAACAUUUCAUAUAUAGUUUUAGCACUUGACAU